AUGGCUGCUCAGCAGGACAUCAACAUACGACCAGCUACACCAGCAGACAGUGAUGUAAUCAUCAGGCUUAUCAAUGAGUUAGCUAAGCACAUAAAACAAGAAGAUGAAGUCAAGAUGAACGCUGAUGUUUUAAAAAAGGAUUGCUUUGGUUGCAAACCACUCUUUUACUGUAUAGUUGCUGAGCAAUGUCAGAAAGAUUCGUCUCAACUGGUUGGUUAUGCCCUCUACUUUUCCAUCUAUUCCACAUGGGAGGGGGCCUCAUUGUACCUCGAAGAUAUAUAUGUAACUCCAGCCUACAGGACUCGAGGUAUAGGAAAACAGCUGUUGAAACACGUAACGCAGGCAGCUCUUGAUAUGGGAUGUAGUCGCCUGCAGUUGUCUGUGUUGGGCUGGGAUAAAAUGACGAAAGAUUUUUACACCCGCUAUGGCUAUGUUGAUCUGACAGAAAAACAAGACUGGCAUGUUAUGAGAAUGCAGCGCAAAGCCAUGGAGGAAUUUGUAAGAAAUGUUUAA